AUGGGCUUCUGGAAGUUCCCCCCGUUCCUGGUCCUCAGCAUUCCGGUCCUGAACCAGGCAGGCAUGCUCCAGGCAGCGCCAUUCAGGUGGGCCUUGGAGAAUGGCUUUGAUCCUGCUACACUCACCAGUAAGGAAAUGUGCCUCCUACUGGCUGCAAUGAUGAAUGAUUAUGUGCAGAUGAAGGCCCGUGAGCUGAAGCAAGAGACAGGAGGGCUUCAGGUAAGCAUCACUGCCCAGAAGAGAUCCUGUAACACUGCCACCUAUGUGACCCAUAAUGCAGGCUGGCUGAGCAGAUCUGGGAGCGUGGUUAAGAACAACUUCAUGCCCGCCAACGUGGGCUCCAAAGCCUUUGGCCGGCGCCGCAGUGACCUUCAGGCCUGA